AUGGGCAGCGAAUCUCACUACUUGACCCAACUUUAUAGGGCCGCUGAAUCGUCGCCAGCUGCAAAAGGCUUGUUGGGUGGCUUAUUCGCGUGCUACGCUAUCAACAAGGCGAGCUCCUUAUUGUUUCACUACGUUCUCAAUAAUUGGCAUUCGGCAGAGCCAUGGAACUCCCAGCAAGAAUUGGUGCUCAUAACUGGUGGAAGCAGCGGUAUUGGAAAGAAAAUCGUCGAGGAGCUAUCGGAGAGGAAGGGAGGGGGGGGGGGUGUCAAAGUAAUGAUCAUUGACAUUAAGGAACCUGAAUCCACCCUUGCCCCAAAUAUCUACUUCUACGAAGCCAACGUUACAAGCACCGAUAGUAUCAAAGCAGCCGCAGAGAAAAUCAGGGCAAAGCACGGCCAUCCAACCGUCCUAGUCAACAAUGCCGGCGUCCUCACCAACGGUAUCAUUCUCGAUGAGCCAGAAUCCAUGAUUUGGAAAUCCUUCAAAGUGAACAACACCCUGGCCCAUUUCCUAACAGUCAAGGAGUUUCUUCCUAGCAUGGUGCAGCAGAACCGCGGCCAUGUUGUUACAAUGGCUAGCAUGGCUAGUUUUAGGACUGUUGGUGAGAUGGUCGAUUAG